AUGGCGACGACGGCAGGACAGGGCUGGGCCCAGCUGAGGCAACAAGCGCGGUCGCUGGAAUCACAGACCGAAACAAGUCUACAAACAUACGCGCAGUUCUCAUCACAAACCGCCAUUCCACCAAAGCCAACGGACGAAGAGAAGAGUGCUGAGUCGAAGCGCGACUCCGUCAUCGCCCAACUCGGCCGCCUCCUCGACUCCGAAGCAACCCUCACCUCCUCCGCCCUCAAACAAAACAACCUCGCCCUCCUCCGCGACAAGCUCUCCGACCACCGACGCGACCUCACCCGCCUCCGCAACACCCUCCGCACAGCCCGCGACCGCGCCAACCUGCUCGGCAGCGUACGCGACGACAUCUCGGCCUACCGCGCCGCGCACAACGGGGCCAACCCAGCGGAUGCCGAGGCCGAGUACAUGCUGGGCGAGCGGGGGCGGCUGGACCGCAGCCACGAUGUGGCGGACAGCGUGCUGAGCCAGGCGUACGCGGUGCAGGAAGGGUUUGCGCUGCAGCGGGAGACGCUGGCGAGUAUUAACCGGCGCAUCACGAUGGCGGCGAGCCAGGUGCCUGGGAUUAAUAGCUUGAUUGGACGGAUCUCGGCGAAGAAGAGGCGGGAUGGGAUCAUUAUGGGGUCGUUUAUUGCGGUGUGCUUUUUGGUGUUUUGGUAUUUUACAUGA